CGUGACAGCAGCUGCACGAGUUUUCUUGUAUCUGCAUUUGAAGCGCCUCGGCGUCGAUUAUUUAUGAUUCUCCGUGAUUUAAGCGUCUGCUGGACGUCUCUUCUGGUCCUGACUCUCGUCAUAUUGUCUGCAAUGUCUUCAGACGCCGGUGAUAAAUAUGUAUCAGUAGAUUUCGAGGUGUUCGGGAAUGUUCAGGGUGUUUGCUUCAGAAUGUAUACAGAAGCAGAAGGAAAGAAACUGGGAGUGACUGGCUGGGUGAAAAACACUAGACAGGGCACUGUGGUUGGACAAGUGCAGGGACCUCCUGAAAAAGUCAAGGAAAUGGCUGUGGGUAAUGGAGAUCCCAGAGGAUUUGUCUCCAGACGGUCCUCCACCCGGCCUUCAGCAUUUGAGCUCCAGCUUCCCUCCAGACUUUGUUUAUGAGCUGCAGACGUGAUGCCGUACAGCUGUCGAAUGUGACGUUACACACUUCUGCUGUUUUAAAGGGGUUUUCAGCUUCUUAAGAAGAUAUCAAAUUCAAUAUUAUUAUUAAAAAUCAUAUAUAUUAGAGAGAGAGAUGUCCAUGCUGAGAACUAAAACCUGAGAAUUGGAUAAAAUAAAAUGUCCGUAGUGUAUGUGUGUAUGUCCUGCUCCUCCAGGUUAAGGGUUGAGCAUUGGGCUAACCACCCACCUCGUAAAAGUUAGAUGUUACGAAGCACCAACAUGGUGCGGCUAAAUAACAGCAUAAAUGGCUCAGGGAGUAAGUAAGAUUAAGAUUAUAGUAGUAUAAGAUUAUAUAUAAUAUUAUUAUGUAAUUGUGAUUUGAUUUAUUUAUCUAUUUUAACCCUAUCCAUUUCAGCCCAAAACACCCAUCAGAUUAUUUAUUAUAGCCUCCAGAAUCUGCCCAUUUUGUACAGUGUAGCUGUUUUUAUAGCAUACUUGCCAACACUCUCGUUUUUCCCGGGAGUCUCCUGUAUUUCAGAUCCAUCUCCCGUAUUGUGCUGUCUCCUUGAAAACUCCCGGAAUUCCACCCCCCACCCCCUCCUCAGCUGUUUGGUACAGUCCGGCUAGCUUUUUGGUUCAGUCCCCAUGCGCACCAAACCCAACUUGCAACCAUCUUCAUACCCGCUCCCCGCUCUUCAGUUCGCGCACACCCCCGCAUAAAAUCUCCUGGAUUUUUAGAUCUGAAUGUUGGCAAGUAUGUUUUGUAGCCUCUGGCUUUAAAUGCAAAUGAGCUGCUUCUCCCCGCCCACCUCUCCCACAAGCAUGUCUGCUUCUCAUUAUGUGUUACGUCAGAUAAACAGCAGUCAGUGAUGGAGACAGACACAAAUGAAACUGAAAUACAGUUCACUAGUCAAAAAUACCAAGUUUAGUCUGCGCCAGUGGUGUAGUAGUUAGUGCGUCGACACAUGCACUCCGUUGCUCAUGGCGACCCGAGUUCGAUUCCUGCCUCGUGGUCCUAUGCCGAUCCUUCCCCUCUCUCUGCUCCCCACGCUUUCCUGUCGGUACUCUCUGCUGUCCUGUACAUUAAAGGUGAAAAC